UCCAAAUAUAAAUAAGUGCCAAAAGGAACAGUAAAUUCAGGCAACAACAUGGCCGGGGAAGAUGAAGGGUUCUUUAAAAAUUUUCAUGAGAGCAUUAGCAACGCUCUAGACGACGUGACAAAAAAUAAUUUCGCAAAUUUCGAAACAAACCCAAAACGGGUAUCCUAUUUAUCUAGUUUACCCAUCGUAAAAUCCUUCGACCUUGCCGCUGAAGUGGAAAAGUGUAAAAGUGGCGGACAGUUCCCCGUGAAAAAGGAUUUAGAGAAAGCACGAAACCUGAAAAAUGAAGGCAACAAAGCUGUGCAAAAAGGCGAUUGGGUUAAAGCCAUGCGUUUGUACAGCAUUAGCAUGUUAUAUAUGCCACAAAAAGAAACCGAAGAAUUGUCCAUUGUGUUCGCGAACCGAUCGGCGGCACUUAAUCAUUUGGAACGAUAUGAAGAGUCCUUGGAUGACAUAAAACGGUGUAUCGCUUUGGGCUAUCCACGGCAUCUACGGUACAAAGUUUACGAACGUAGAGCAAGGUGUCUGCUCGUUCUUAAAAGAAAUCAAGAAAGCAUUAAGGCUUUCCAAGACACUAUUUUAGCUCUUGAUGAAGCUAACACUUUGGACAAGGAAAAGAGGCAAAAGCUGAGAACUGAUGCUAAACUUAUGCUAGAAGUAUUGAACAAGGGUCAAGUCUUAGCUGGUCAUCCUAAAGACCCUGAACCAGUAACUAAAACGCCACCUAAACCAAAACUCCCAGGGAAACACAAUUCAAACUAUCCUGCCGCAUCCGAAGCUAUCCAAAUAGAUUUUGAUGAAAUUAGAGGAAGAUAUGCGACAGCAGCAAGAGACAUUCACGCUGGAGAAACAAUUUUGAUCGAGAAACCACACAGCGGAGUCCUUUUGGGAGAAUAUUCUGCAACACAUUGUCAAAACUGCUUCAUUAAAUGUCCUAUACCAUUAGCGUGUCCAACGUGUCCAAACGUCGUUUUCUGUAGCGAUAAGUGUAAAGAAACAGCAUUGAAAUCGUAUCACAGCUACGAGUGUCAUAUAUUACCAUUACUUUGGAAGUCUGGUUGUUCAGUGACUUGUCACAUAGCUCUGCGCAUGAUAACUCAAAACACAAAAGAAUAUUUCCAAGAAAUAAACAAGAACUCAGAUGCGCCACCUCCCUUACCGUAUAAAACUAGCGAUUACAAAAAUAUUCUCAAAUUGGUUUCGCAUGAAGACAAACGGACAAAGCAAGAUUUCUUACACAGAAGCCAAAUGGCGGUAUUCCUAGUUAAGUUGCUGGAAUUGAGCGGAUACUUUGACGAUAAACCUAGAGAUAAGCCCAUUGAAAUUGACGAAAUCAAAUCCAUGUCGAUAUCGAACAAACACUUAGAGGAUCUAGAAUUAUUCGGUGGGUUGUUGUUAAAAAACCUCCAAGUACUUCAAUUUAAUGCUCAUGAAGUAUUUGAGCUGCAAUGCCCAAAGCCAAGACUUGAACAAAAUAUAAUAAAACACAAUGGAGUUUCGGUCUUCAUUGCUGGCGCUGUAUUCCCAACGCUCGCUCUAUUUAAUCACUCCUGCGACCCUGGUGUAGUGAGAUACUUUUGUGGACCAUACAUCGUCGUUCGAGCGGUGAAAAAUAUAAGAAAGGGAGAAGAAGUAGCCGAGAACUAUGGCCCUAUUUUCACCACAAUGCCCAAAGACAAGAGACAGGCGCAACUAAAGGACCAAUACUGGUUUGACUGCAAGUGCCUUCCCUGUGAACAGGAUUGGCCACUAUAUGAAAAGAUGACUGAAAACUAUAUGAGAUUCAAAUGCGAUUCAGACCAGCCGUGCUCCAACGUAAUACCCGUAGCACACGACUGCACGGAGUUCAUGGUGAAAUGUGGUCUGUGCCAACAGUAUACGAACAUUCUGAAGGGGCUAAAGUCACUCCAGGAUACAGAGGUGAUGUACAAGCUAGGCCGUGCUGCUAUGGAAGAGGGAAAAUAUGGACAAGCAAUGAAAAAAUUAGUUGAAGUGUUAAAAUUAUAUGAUACUACACUGGCGCCUCCUUAUCAGUCUUAUUAUGAUUGUGUCCAAGAUCUGCGUCGCUGCAUGUUGUCACUUGGCAACUAUAGUAUCGUAUAACUAUAUAGCAUAUUGUUAACGAUUCUGGUGCUUGAUUGUU